AAGGUGUAUUACGUUUUUAACCUUUAGCAUAAAUUAGACACAUUUGCAAUGUCGUUCUCUUGGAGCACCGUUUUAGAGGCUUUGAUUUAUAUAGUACACAUCAUAAGCGAUCGUCUGCUGGAGAUCAUUUUGGGGUGGUAUUUAGGUCAGCGCAAGAGUGUCGCAACGCCGCUUAGUUUGGAGCAGCAGUCCAUAGUGACGAAGAGUGCAGUUGAGCUGGCUCAGCUAAUACGAGAGAAAAAACUAAAGAGCUACGACAUAUGCAAAGCAUAUUGCGAUCGUAUUGAAACUGUGAACCGCGAUAUUAACGCCAUAGUCGAUGGCCCCUUUCCAGAGGCACUGCAGCAGGCGCAGGAAAUCGAUCAAAAACUCGAGGCGAAUGAGUUUACGCCAGAAGAAUUAAAAGAUAAGCCUUUUCUGGGCGUGCCUUUCACAACCAAAGAUAGUACUGCAGUCGCUAACAAGCUGCACACCUUGGGCCUGGUCGCUCGCCGGUCCGUUCGUGCGCCAAACGAUGCGGAGUGCGUACGUUUAAUGAAAGAAAGUGGAGCUAUUAUAAUAGCUACCAGCAAUGUGCCCGAGGUAAAUAAAUGGAUAGAGACACGGAAUAAACUAAUUGGAUGCACAAAUAAUCCGUAUGACCUACGUCGCUCUGUGGGUGGCUCGUCUGGUGGCGAAGCUUCACUUAUUGCUGCAUCCUGCACUGGCUUUGGUCUGGGGACGGACAUUGGUGGCUCAAUACGAAUACCAGCUUUUAAUUGCGGUGUCUUUGGGCACAAACCCAGUGCUUUAGCAGUUAACAUGGCUGGGUGCACUUUUCGUACAGGGAAGGAAAAGGAGACAAUGGUCGCCGCAGGUCCAAUGUCUCGUUAUGCUACUGAUUUGCGACCAAUUUUAAAGGUCAUUAUUGAGCCUCAUCUGCAGGCUGUCCUCAAACUAGAUACCGAGGUAGACUUAAAAAAGGUACGCUAUUUUUAUGUGGCAAGCAACGGAAUGUUGCAAUGCAAUCCAAUCAAUCGUGAAACUGAACGCGUUAUGUACAACGUGCGAAAGCAUUUUGAAACGCUUACCGGGAAGGAAGUGCGUUUAGCCAACCUACCGCAUAUGGAGCUAAGUGGAAAAAUGUGGCGCUACUGGAUGACACAGGAGCCUGCCAACUUCAACCUACUACUCGGCGAUGGUGUUGAACUGAACCCCUUUGUUGAAUUGUUUAAGAAGCUGCUGGGCCAGAGCGACUACACAAUGGCGGCUAUAUACUCGCUGAUUGACGGACUGUUACCCAAGGAGAAGGAGUCGCUGAUACGCUCAGCUACUAAAAAGUGCAAGCAGGCGCUGUGCGAGCUGCUUGGCGAUGAUGGUGUGCUUUUCUUCCAUAGUUCACCACGCACAGCACCAUUCCAUUACUAUCCUUUGGUUAAGUUUUUGGACUUCAGCUAUUUCAGUUUAUUUAAUGUGCUUCGUCUGCCGGUGACACAAGUGCCAAUGGGAUUGGACUCCAAUGGAAUGCCCUUGGGUGUGCAAGUUGUUUCCAAUGAUAAGAACGAUCGUUUGUGUUUAGCUGUGGCCGAGGAGCUUGAACGAGCUUUUGGCGGCUGGGUACCGCCAUUUCCGUUAAAGCAGUAAAUUGGACGAUUUUUAAAUGACGUAUAUAUGUAUGUAUAUACCCUAUGUUGGUAUGCAUUGUACAAUGGGUGUGACCGCUAUUGAGGUGAUGGUAAUGUUUAAAAAAUACAUCUGUAAAAACAUUAAAAAUAUAAUUAAGAAUGCAAAAUGUGUUCCUAAUAAAAUUUCGCUUUCCACUA